AUGCUUUAUAAUUAUAUUUUCUUUCUUUCUUUCAUAUUUUCUUUACUUUCUUUCCUUCAAUACCUUAUUUCUUUCUUUUUCUUUAUCAAUAACCAUAUAUUUUUCUUUCUUUUUUAUGCUUUCUUGAAAGAUACCCUCUUUGAUAAUUUCUUUCUUUUCUUUUUUUUUAAUAACCAUACAUUUUUCUUUUUUCUUUUCUUUACUUAUUUCUUUUUUUUUCAUUUUUCUUUUUUUUUUCACAAUUCGUCUGUCAUUUUUGUAUUGACUUCUAACUACAUUUUUUUGUAUUUCUUUAUUUUUUUCUCUUUCUUUGUCUUUCAUUCCUUUUCCUUCCUUCUUUCGUUACUUAUUUUAUUUCUUUUCUUGUUCCGCGUCUUUUUUGUCUACCAUUCUUCCUUCACUUUCAUCUUUUUCUUUCUUUCUUUUAUUGCUUCCUUCCUUCCUUCCUUCCUUCCUUCCUUCCUUCCUUCCUUCCUUCCUUAUUUUAUGUUUUCUAGAUACGAUUUUCUUUCUUUCUUUCUUUCUUUCUUUCUUUCUUUCUUUCUUUCUCGCUUUCUUUCUUUCUUUUCCCGCCCGUCAUUUCUAUCUUUCUUUCUCGCUUUCUUUCUUUCUUUUCCCGCCCGUCAUUUCUUUCUUUCUUUCUUUCUUUCUUUCUUUCUUUCUUUCUUUCUUUCUCUUUUUCCUUAUUUUCAUUCUUAUUUUCUUUCUCUGUCUUUAUACGCUUUUCUUUCUUUCUUUCUUUCUUUCUUUCUUUCUUUCUUUCUUUCUUUCUUUCUUUCUUUCUUUCUUUCUUUCCCGCCCGUCAUUUCUAUCUUUCUUUCUCGCUUUCUUUCUUUCUUUUCCCGCCCGUCAUUUCUUUCUUUCUUUCUUUCUUUCUUUCUUUCUUUCUUUCUCUUUCUUCUUUCUUUCUUUCUUUCUCUUUUUCCUUCUUUCUUUCUUCUUUCUUUCUCUUUUUCCUUCUUUCUUUCUCUUUUUCUUUCUUCUUUCUUUCUUUCUAUUUUCCUUCUUUCUUUCUAUUUUCCUUCUUUCUUUCUUCUUUCUUUCUCUUUUUCUUUCUCUCUUUCUUUCUUUCUUUCUUUCUCUAUUUCUUUCUUUCUUUCACUCAUUUUCAAUAUUCUUUUUAAAUUUCUUUUCUACUUACCCUUCUUCCUUUUUUUCUCUCUCUUCAAUCUUCCUCUUUCUUUCGGGCGUGUAAGUGAAUCUCUCAAACAACAUGCUUGUGGGUAG